AUGCCAAGUCCAAGAGCGGAGAUAAAACCCUGGGUACGAGUAAUUGUGCCAAGUCUGGGCGACAUAUUUGGAAAAGGGAAAGACAAACAAGCAAACUCUGAAAUAAAGGGUAUUGUCUAUAAGUUUGAAUGCCCAGAUUGUCCUUUCACUUAUAUUGGAUUGGUGAGAAUCACUAUAUUUAUAGCUCAGUGGUGAGAAUAGUGAGAGUAAAAGAUCGCGGAAGUCACGGUGGGCUGAGCACAAGCCAGGUGUACGACCGGAAAUAAAGUCUGCAAUUAAAGAUCAUGCAGAAACUACAGGACACGAGACUUCUAUGGAGAAUGCUAAGGUCAUAGAGAUGAGAGUGCAAAAUACGCACAAGAGGCUCUUCCUUGAAUCUCUGCACUCAGUGUUGGACAAAAGAUCAACAAAUGAACAUAAAUUAUUGCCAUCAAUUUACAUGCCAUUAGUGCAGUCAUGCAACGGUAAUGACACCAUAUAAUGUUCUGUCAGCUCCGCCUCAGUAUAUAUAGAACUCUAAAGAAGGUUGCAGUUAGCAGCCGAAAAUUCAGUACAUAUUUUUAACUUAAAACUUUUGAAAUAUUUUAACUAGAACAACUUCUCUUUUCUCAAUAUUUAGGCAACGAUAGAAGAUCGCGAAGGUCGCCACAAGUUCGUUUUGGAUGUUAUAGUUUCUACCCCCCUUCAUGGUGUGCGAACUUCUUUCGUGAUCGAAACCUUCCAGGUAUGAAUGUUUACAAUAUGGAUUGGCAUAGCCAAGGGGUGGCAACCCCCCCCCCCCCUCACUCGCGCCUUCCGAGUGCCCAUCCUUAGCAGAUUAGGUCUCAUAUUAUAACUGAACAAUACAUAUAACAUGUAAAUUAUCUAGUAAAUAUACAACGAAUAAUAAGAAGAGUCAAAAUGUUAUCUUGAAUACUGUACAUGUCGGGAAAUAAGCAGGAUUUUAAGGCUUAAGAAUUCAGGGUCGUACACAGCAGGGGGGGGGGGGUUGCAGGGAGCAACUGCCCCCCUCCCCCACCCCCCAGAGAACAUUAUAUUUACGAUUUUUAGAAUGACAUUAUUAUUCUUUGGAUAUUUGGGAAUUAUCUCGUCAUGUAGGCUUUACUGCCCCCCUGGUGAAAAAAUCCUGCGUACGGCCCUGUAAGAAUUCCUCAUUCUCAAGGAAAUGUUUUACAAAAUUCCACAAAAUUAGCGUUGAAACUUGAAAUUUUGUUCAGGUCAAUAAAAUCUAAAAUUUUGUUAGCAUGUCACUCGAUUCAAUAAAUAGUUGAAGGAUCUUGUAGAUGGAAAUUAUCCACUGGAAAUUUAUAUACAUUUAUUAGACCUAACCAGAAACAGCUGCGGAAGGAGAACACAGAAACCCACUCAGGCACAGAUGAAGUAUAGGAAGAUGGCGACCGUGGGACAACUUUUUUACUGAAGUUAACACAUCUGUUCUUACUUAAUCUAUGACUCAGAUGAGUUUAAAACCAGACUCAUAUGAACAGACACUCACUCCAGUUUCAUUUUCAGACACUAGGUGCAAGUGUUCCGGAGCCAUCACAGCUAAGGCAUUUGCACCGCAAGGAGGGAAGGCCGUAAUCAACUGGGAAAAACCAAGUCUUAGAUGUUCCUCUGGCCGCAAGGCGAUAAUCAAAAGCCAAGACGUUCAACCAUCCUGUUUCAAGCCUCCUUUAGAGUUUGAUGUUGGAAGGCAUGGAGUCACAUAUACGUACGGUUAUCAGAGUGGAACCAAAGUGGUGAAACUACAAUGCCCAAUGGAAAUUGACAUCAUAGGUAUGUACUGCGGAUUUCGAAAUUUUUCAGGUCUUUUACACGCAACAAUUUCCAAAAUAUUAAUAAAAACAUGAAAUGAUUUACAAAGCUUCGUUAAAACGAUAAAUAUGGUCAUGGAACUAUUUACGAGUAUACUUCUUCUAUUCUAAAUGAUUCUUUCACCGUAGCUGUGCUUCUUGAUCAGAUACGAGUCACAACGUGGAUGCCAGAGGCGCCCUUAGAAAGGAUGAUUAGCACAUACCAACUUCGGAUGCUCUGGACCUCAGCUAUCUGAUUGAAAAUGCUGCCCGCGUGUUUAGAUACUAAAAAUGAAGUUAUUUAUGAUUUUUUCAGCUUGCCAAUGCCCUGGAGUUGUUCGUGUUAAUGCUGAAGUCGCUGGUGGUUCAAAUACGACCUUCGUUUCCUGGACAAUUCCCCAACCGAAUUGUCCUGUAACUUUAAGUUCUGUCUCUCCCCCCGAGGCAAGAAAUAGAAACGGCAGUUACCCAAUUGGAAAAUAUGAUGUUAUCUAUAACUACGAAUACAGCAGUGCCUUUGGAAACUUUUCGCUCAGCUGCCCCGUGGAAAUUACGAUUAAUGGUAAGUUUAUGCUUAUACUAAAACGUAAAAGUUCAAACUAUGUCUAUCUGUACAGGUUAGCUCUAUCACUAGUUCUAAAUCUUAUUCCUUCAGUAUGGGCUACUGACUUCGCUAGAGGUUCAAUAAGGACGAUUUGCUAUUGAUCCAGUGUUACUACAAGAGGAAACCUAAACUAAACUAACUUUAUUUAUACUGAAUAGCUCUAUCAGUUCUAAACUGUUCUUCUUAGAGGUCCAGUAAGAAUCAUCUCUUAUUGAUCGAUUGUUACUACAGGAAGAAACAUAAACUAACUUUAUUAUUAAUAUUGGAUAACCCAGCUCUAUCAGUUAUAAACAGUUCUCCCUAGAGGUCCAGUAAGAGUCCUCUCUUAUUGAUCCAGUAUUACUACAAGAGAAAACCUAAACUAAACUAACUUUAUUUAUACUGGAUAGCUCUAUCAGUUCUAAAUUGUUCUUCCUAGAGGUCCAGUAAGAGUCAUCUCUUAUUGAUCCAGUAUUACUACAGGAUGAAACAUAAACUAAACUGACCCAGUUAUCAACACUAGAUAGCUCUAUCAGUUUUAAACCGUUGUAGCUCUAUCAGUUUCUAAACCUUUUUGGUCAGCGUUACAACUGUUACUACAGAAGGAAACCUAGCUAUAACUUGCUGCAAUUUCAGCUAAUGCGAUUUUAUUCUCCUGACGCAUGUGAACGAGUAGAUGAAUUAUCAAUGCUCUGAGUAUAUGCACCCUCAUCUAACAUACAUAGCUCAUCCACUCGUUCACAUCCAUCAGAGGAAAAUCGCAGACUAGAAAGUGUAAACGUACGGGCCUUAAACUAGUACUGGCUAAAGGCGGUUUUCCAGUCCUCGCACGAAGCUCCUUGCAGCUCGCUGCGAGUGCUUGCAUCUAAUUAAAAUUAACUGUUUAGAAUUGUGAUUGGAUGAAAGUGCUCAUGCAUGCACUCGCAGCGAGCUGCGAGGAGUUUCGUGCGAGGACUGGAAAUCCGCCCUAAUUAUUCUGUCAGUUUGUCCUCUCUAGCUCGAGGUCGAGCAAGGACAAUGUAUAGCUUAGUAUUACCAAAGUCGGGCAUCUGUAUAGUCUCUAUUCUGUGGUAUUAUUACAGAGGAAGCUGAUAAUUUCGGCUGUGUUUUUGAAGCCAAAGAUGGCAGAAAUUGAACACCGUCUUGUAGGUAUGUCCUAGACUCCAAUUCAGUACGAAAAAUCAGCAUCAUUUCAUGUAGAGAUUUCGUAAUUUUUUCGGCCGACUAUUUUUUAAGUCUGGCUUUACCGUGGCUCUAAGAAAGUAAAGAAACUAAAGCAAGUGGUCUUUCAAAAUAAGCAAAUUUUAAAACACGGCUUCAUAAUAAAAGCAAACUCCGGCAGUUAUUUGACAAGUCAAAAACAACUUCAGAAAAAUCCCGCAGGGAAACACCAGCAAACUUUUCUGGACUGAACACAAAAGCGCCUGUCCUUUCAUUUUGUUUCUAGCUUUCAAGUAAGGUAUUUACCAUUAAAAUGAGCAAUUAUGUGCAAAAAUUGAAUCGAUAGGAAGUCAUUUUCAUUAGCUCCGGCGAAACCCACGCGUGUUUUGUAACUACAAGAGAUCACUCUAUUGGCCGCCAUCUUGGUUUCACCCAAUCAACCGUUUACCUGGAGUUAUAGUUCCAGUUUACUGGCUGCAACUCUUUAAUUGUAUUCUAUUUUCCGUAGGGUAACAGAGUUUUGGUAGCUCCCAUAUGUGUUGUUGUAGAACAGUUCACGAGCGCAGAACUGGUUAUGACUGUUGUGAACCAAGAUUAAAACUAGUCGACUAACAUAACGAAUUAGAUAGAACACAACCAUGGGACUGUGGUUAAAGCUAUAGUAUAAAGUCUAUAAACGUAGAGUAAUAAAACAAUGAUAUUUUGAAAUCAUUGUUAAAGAUCUUGUAACUGUGAAGGAUUAAAAGAUUUCUGCUUAAUAUUUUGUGUUAUUAAUAUGAUAAUGUAUACUAAAAGUUAUCGGGUGCUGAUCAAAUUUUUGUAAUGCUAUCAGGGGCGUUGGAGCGGCUUUAACAGUAGGGGGGGGGGCACCUACCGCUUCUUCCUUAUAGACUUUACUUUUAGUUUGUUCCUAUAAUUGUUUAUUGACUCAGAGCAUUUUUCUGCAAUAGAAGUGUGUCCCAUACGCGUGUCUGGGGGUUUGGCUUCACUGAAAAAGAUAAAGCUGUUUAUCUGAAGGUGGCGUUCCAGUUAUAUUAAGUCAAUGCCUGAGUCUCAGCGAUCAGAAGAUCACUCUGCAAUCAUUACAAUCUCGUACGCACGUACUAGAAAAGACAGGCGGUGUGCGACACGUGACUGGAACCAGCCAAUCAGAUAACAGAACGCUAUGCUACUGUUUCGGCAACAUUCAUGCCACUGUUGAAGGAGGUCGAAGCUUUUUUGAAAUGAUUCGUUGCUUAAUUGAUUCAUCUUGAGACUCAGUUUGACUCUCAAGAUAGCUUAGUUGAUAUUCUGACAAAGUGUCACGAAAAUAUUCGAUUUGAUUGUAACUGAACAGGAUUUUUUGGCUUGCAAGUACGACAGACUCUUUGCAACAAGAUGUGACUGUGUGGUCAUUUCCGUAAGGCCUCAAUAAGAAUCCUGAUUAAUUGUUCGCUUAAUUAACUGCUCAUCGUAUGGCUUGUUCAACGCCGGAUAGAGUGCUGCUGAAUCAUAAAAUCUGUGAGACUGGGUCUACCCUAAUCUAUCUCUUUUCGUUUAGCUGAUAUUUUGGAUUUUAAUGAGGUUAUGCAAUAAGCAAGGUUAACAACAAGGUAACAUAGCGCGCGGAGCAUGGGCCGAACCUAGGCGUUAAAGGCAGGAAGCACAACAGGCGUUGCCUGCAUCAUUGUGAGAAGCGCAGCUUGACGAGCAGUUUCUUGUUACUCUGAUUCUUAAUUCUUCAUCAUUUGUUUGCGUUCCACCGAGUAAUUCGGUGUGAUAGGUGCAAACGGGUGGUCAGGUCAAUACUUGGAAGCUUGACCUGAAUCCAAGUAAUGGUAAGUAUCUGGUAUACAAACGGCAGGCCUCCCACCCAAUGCACCUAACCAUCCACACGGGUAAGUUGUACAUGUAUGUUACCGAAGGUGUUAAUUUGUGCUAAAAUUGUCGCGCCUAAUGCAAUGAUGAAGAGGAGAGACGCACGGAAUUACGUCACACAAAACUCUUUGUUCUCUGCAGCCAAUCACAACACAGCACAUGGCUUAAGGUAUCCAAUAGCAUUCCCUUAUUUGUAUAGAUCAUGUCAGCGUGAUAUUUGUAUAUAUGAUAUCACAGUUAAUAGAAGAAGGAUGAUAUUUAGAUCUAUUUAAAUUACAAUCUUUUUGGACAAAUAUGCAAUUGACAAAUAUGGACAUAUAAACAGCGUCGUUAUUGAUAUUCAAUACCCCACGGUUAAACAGAUGUUGUUCAUGUUACUAUGAAGUUUUUUACGGACAAAAUAUCUGAAAUGUAUCAAUCGAGUUUAUGCGCUAUAAAUUGAUGUUAUGUGCUAUACAUUGAUGUUAUGUGCAAAUACAACAACGAUACAACUAAAAGAUAAACCGAUACAACUGAAAGAUAAACCGAUACAACUAAAAGAUAAACCGAUACAACUGAAAGAUAAACCGAUGCAACUAAAAGAUAAACCGAUACCAAUAAAAGAUGAGGAAACGGAAGUAAAUACAAAUAAAAGAUGA